UUAAGAGUAACUCCCGCGCUGGGUCACACCCCCGGAUAUUGAACGUGAAAUAUGCCACAUUUCGCGCCAAUUCCAAAACUUAGAAAUCCUUCCAAGUCCGGACCGAAGAACAGAACCUGAUUUUGAUUAAUCUCUCUUCGGUUUAUACCUUUCCGUCCAAGCACCCGACAUGGAAGAGGCCAAUAAGUUAAUCGGAGCCGGCAAGAAGCACCUGGUUAUGGGCAACGCGGUGGAGGCGGCGAGCGUUCUGCAAGAGGCCUGCGGCAUGCUAGCUAAAACAUUUGGAGAUACGGCCGAUGAAUGUGGCGAGGCUUUCUUCUGGUGUGGAAGAGCACUAUUGGACCUGGCACGAAUGGAGAACACCGUUCUGGGGGACGCUCUGGAAGGAGUGCCAGAGGAGGAGACCGAGGACGGAGAGAAAAACAAAGACUCCAACGUCGAGAGCACAGAACAUGUAGACGAGAAGACGAGGGAUGAGCUUCGGGCCAAGGUGUACGAUGCGAUGUCGGAGAAGAUUAACGGGGAGAAACAGAAGGAUGGUAAGAAGGCAGAAGACGAGGACGGGGAGAAGACAGCAGAAGGAGAGAAGGGGGAUGAGGGAGAGAAGAAAGAGAAAGUCGAGGAGGGAGAGAAGAAAGGGAAGAACGAUCAAAAGAGCACCCCUAAAAAAGAGGGAGCCGGUGGGGUGAAGGGAGCCAGCCCCCCCGGCGGAGAGAGCAAGGAGAAUAUGGAGAAGAUGAAGGAAGAAACGGCGGAGAAAAUGGAGGAGGGAGACACUGAGGAAGAGGAAGAGGCAGAUGAUGAUAAUGACGACAAUGCCGAAGAAGCCAAAGGGGAUGGCGACGAGGCCAAGGGGAGCGGAGACGAAGACGAUGAAGAGGUGGGAAACCUUCAGCUCGCCUGGGAGAUGCUGGAGGUGGCGAAGGUCAUCUACAAACGGAAGGACACCAAGGAGGGCCAGCUGUUGGCCGCACAAGCUCACCUGAAGCUGGGAGAAGUCUCGUCCGAGUCGGGGAACUACAGCCAGGCCCUGGAGGACCUCCAGGAGUGCCUGAGGCUGCAGCAGAAGCACCUGGAGGCCGACAGCCGUCUGCUGGCCGAGACGCACUACCAGCUGGGCCUCACCCACACCUUGCACUGCCAGUACGGCCCGGCCAUCCAGCAGCUACAGAACGCCGCCGCCGUCAUCACCUCCAGGCUAGACAACCUGCAGAAGAUGCUGGAGCGAGCGGGGGCCUCGGAGGAGGUGGAGGAGCAGAGGAAGGAGAUGGAGGAGCUGGGGGAGCUUCUCCCUGAGCUGAAGGAGAAGGUGGAGGACGCCCAGGAGGUCCUGAAGGCGGCCCUCGCCGAGCCACCGAGCGAGGAGCUGAAUGGUGUCUCCACCUCCUCAGCCUUCUCUGCUCCCAGUGUGCAGACCGGUGACGCGUCGUCCAGCACUGCUACGGUGAGCCGGAUAACGGCCAAGCCAACCAAUGGGGUCAGCUCUACCAACGCCCACGGCGCCACAGCCCCGGUCUCUGACAUCUCCCACCUGGUCCGGAAGGUGAGGAAGGAGAGGAAACCAGAGCAGAGUCCGGCGAAGGAGGGCUCGACCAAGAGGCUGAAGCCGGAGGAGCUGAAGGCGUAGGCCACCACCACGGAGCUGGAGAGAUUUCAGGCAGUGACGUGGAUCUGCUGUCCUGGGUCGAUCGUGGACCGUGGCUGUUGGCUGGUUUCACUUUUGUAAAUAUGUGUAUCCUGUCACUGAACCAAUGUAAAAAUUCAAUAAAGACUUAACGUUUGAUAAA